CCCGAUUGGAGCAGCAGCGUCACGCCGCCCGCCGCCGAGGAUGUAAGCGGGCCGCCGCGGCGCGCAGAGGCAGACGCUCGCUCCUCCGGGACCGCAGCGCACACCGGCUCCCAGCGGCUGGCGGCGACAGUGGCUUCCCGGGGGCCGGCGGCGGCGGAGCCCAGCGAGCGGGGCGCGGCAGGCGGGGAGCAGGAAGCGAGGGCGCCAGCGUCCGCGCGCACAGGCCGCGGAGGAGGAGCGGAGCGAGCCAUGGCCGGCGACAGCGAGCCGACCCCUCAGACCCAGCAGCAGCCCUACGACGGCGGGCCCUUCCUCAUCGGCGUCAGCGGGGGCACGGCCAGCGGGAAGACCUCCGUGUGCGCGAAGAUCGUGCAGCUCCUGGGCCAGAACGAGGUGGACUGCCGCCAGAAGAAGGUGGUCAUCGUGAGCCAGGACAGCUUCUACCGCGUCCUCACGUCGGAGCAGAAGGCCAAGGCCCUGAGGGGCCAGUUCAACUUCGAUCACCCAGAUGCCCUUGACAACGAGCUCAUCCUCCAGACCCUCCGAGACAUCGCCGAGGGGAAGACCGUGCAGAUCCCGGUGUACGACUUCGUCUCCCACUCCCGGAAGGAGGAGACGGUCACCGUGUACCCCGCGGACGUGGUGCUCUUCGAAGGCAUUCUGGCCUUCUACUCCAAGGAGGUGCGGGACCUGUUCCAGAUGAAGCUCUUCGUGGACACGGACGCCGACACCCGGCUCUGCCGCAGAGUGCUGAGAGACAUCAGCGAGAGGGGGCGGGACCUGGAGCAGAUCCUGACCCAGUACAUCACGUUCGUCAAGCCCGCCUUCGAGGAGUUCUGCCUGCCGACAAAGAAGUACGCAGACGUGAUCAUCCCCACGGGUGUCGACAAUCUAGUGGCCAUCAACCUGAUCGUGCAGCACAUCCAGGACAUCCUCAACGGCGGGCCGUCCAAGCGGCAGACCAACGGCUGCGUCAGAGGCUGCACCCCUGCACGCACCAGGCAGGCCUCGGAGUCCAGCAGCCGGCUGCACUGACCCCGCGUCCCCGGGGCCCCGGCCCCCCCGCCGCUCCAGGAGACCCGGGGGCGGGGGGAGGCAGCGGCGGGGGGGUCUUGGCCGUCCGAACACACGGUUUCCUGCAACUCUGCUUACUUAAGAAAACACGAAGAAAUGCCUUUGAUCCCGAAGCAGACCCUGACCCCAAGCGUGCGUGCUGAACUGUGCCAACUCUCGGUAACGGGCGGCGAGCGGCGAAGCCAUCCUGUGAGCAGUGACAAAUACACGUCCCGUAGAAGGAGCUAUUUUUGUGUACGUGCACACACACACUGUAAAGCUGUCGGCCGCAAGCAUUUGGCAGGGGGGCCGGCGCUGAUGCUUGGGGGCUGGGGCUGGGGCUUCCGCGCGGGGAGGUGGCCUGUCCCGACGCGUCCCAGGGCACGAGGGGCCGGCGCCUGGGCAGCGGGGGUGCGGCAGCGCCUGCAGAGUGCUCCUGCUGGAGGCCGGGGCUUCAUGACGUGUUGAUGACAGAUGCUUUUUUCUUUUUUUUAAUUUUUGAGUUGACAUUAGGCAAGACCUCAACCAAAAAAGCAAACUCAGGGAAGGGGCCCCUCGGGAGAGUGUGUCUUCCCUGUCGUCCCGACAGCCACCCUGCGCCUGUCCCUCACUGCUGGGGGGGGGGUCGCUCGACGACUCCUUCCUCACCUGCAUCCCGGGGUCUCGAAAGCCGGAGUGGCCCGUCCCUUGUCCCUUGCAGGCUGGGUGUUGGUGAGGACUUCUGGGGGCAGGAGGACGGCUGGCAGCCCCUCACAGGGGGACGACAGAGCUCCGCCUGCGCAGGGGACAGUAGCUUUUGUCCCCGAGACGUGGGGCUUUGCGGAGAGGUGGGGUGGCACUAGCCUUCACCUUUAGCGGCGUCCCAGACGGGCCGACCUGAGGGUUCGGCAGCACUGGGUGUGGGGGAGGGGCGGGCGGGAAAUGGAGUCCGUAGGUCUUGAUGCGCUGGGGUUUUAGGGUGCAGAGUCCCAGCUUCCCCCAGGGCUCCCUCUUGGCAAAAACUUGCAUCUGUGGGGGAAGCACAGAUUCCGGAAGAGUCUUGCUUCAGGGGCGCAGGAAGUCGGGGGACCAAGCAGAGCUGGUUCCAGAGCCCCGCCCCCAGCUGGCCCACGCCCUGGGCUCAUCCCCUGCGGCUGCCCCACCGGGAGCGGUUCAGGUCCCUCCCCUCCCAGUGCUGCCCCAGCCCCGGGGAGCCGUCCAGGCACACCCGCCGUCACCGGUGCUCUCCCGUCACCCGGCCGCCCCUUCCACCACCCAGCGCUGUCCAUUUCACCCCCCCUUUUCUGGGUUCCAUUUGACUCUGUUGUGCUGUUUCAAAAGGUCAGGCCUAGUCCCCAACUGAGGUUUGCCGCCCCCAAGCCACCAGGGAGACCCCGUCAUGGCCCCCUCCCCCAGGGGGCUCCCGCUGGCCGCAGCCGCCUGCUGGGAGCGUGAGGGCGCCCUCCGGUGGAGGCUCUAGAGGCCUCUCCCGCCCUGCCAUGGGUGGCUCUGAGGCGUGGGGGGUGUGGCAGGUGGGGGGGAGGGUCCUCUGGCCCCCAUGGGCCUGUGUGCCCCGGGGAGGCCGUCCCCGUCCAGGUGCCAAACCACUUAGUGCCUUGGCUGUCGGUCCCAUUGCCCUGGAAGGGGGGCACCUCUCCCCUCUGAGCCCGGGCUCCCGAGCCGCCUGCCCACCUGCCUGUGGUGCUGGGACCGAGCCUCAGUGUGCCCGGGUGGCAGUGCUGGUCUGGGCCGGGAGGCGGUGCUGAGGCUGGGCCGCCUCACUUGCGGUGCUGACGACGCCCCCCGUUCUGUGGCUCCUGGUGGCCGCAGGACGGGACGGGAAGCUCCGCCCUCUGUCGCGGCCAGCAUUUAGCCGCCUGGGGUCUGACCUUGAGCUUUCUCUGGGACCCACCCUAGUCUUGGUAUUGCAGAGCCCCUGGGUCUCUGGUGCCACUGGGGAGUCCUUAGGCCAGAACGGGGCCCCGAGUCGCCCGGGUGCUCCGCAGCCAUGCGCUGCGUGCUUGGGUGGCGCUGGCUGUGCUCAUGGGGUCUCGGCCUCGGGGCCUCCCUCCUCGGUGCUUGCUCCUCCCUCCCUGCCACCCUUCCCAGGUGCCGUCCGCAGACCCGGUGUGCGGGGAAACAGGGUCUGAGCCCAUCGUGGGGAGGCUUGGCCCCACGCCCCUUCCGGCCGACGGAGCUCCCUCUGACGGGUGUCUCUUUCUUGGGCAGCGUGAGACCCGUGGGCGCAGAGACGGGAGUUGGGACAAGAGGGACACAGGUCUUGUGAGCGGGUGCUGUGACCUCGGGUGGCCUUCGCUGUGAAGGGGGCGGGCAAGAGUUCGGAAGCAGUGGCGGGGACCACGGGGACCCUGGGGAGCAGGCCUGGGGAGGGCGCGGAGGGGUCUCCAGGGCUCCCUUCCGACCCGGCCGCCCCCCACCACCCGCUCUGGUCCCGGCUGCUGGGCGGCCCUGCCUCUCCUGGGCCCCACAGGACGCCUGUCCGGGGGCAGGGCGGGCACCGGCGUCAUCAGGCCGCCAGGUCCGGCUGGAGCCCCGUUGGGUGGGGUGGCACCUGCGUGCUGGGCUGGGCAGUGGAGGCAGGCGGUGCCCCCCACCCCGUCCUCAGGGUGGGGCAGGACAAAGCCGGGGAGGUGGGGUGGGCAGGGGAGGCGGCGGGCGGGGUCUGGAGCCCAGUGUCCCACCGAUCUCCUGUCUCUGGGCCUCUGCCUCCCCGAGCAGGUGGCCCCUGGUGGCUGCCCCUGCCGCAGCAGCAGGCCGACAGCUGGGUAACGAAAGACUUUUCCUUUGAGACGCUUGCUCCUCCCUCUGCCUUCUACCGCCUGGUUGCGAUCAUCCGCAGCUGCGGAAAUGACCAUGUAUACUCUGUACUUGGCUAUAAAUAAAGACCAGGCUGAAAGAA